CGAGGCGCCUGUGGAAUAAGACACUUAAGAGAUCCGGCAAAACUGACACGCUUUCUGUCCGGACAAUUACAGCAACAUUUUGUUCUACCCCAAAAGCAGAAAUUGUGGUGUUGUCUUUGAGUGGAAAGCUUUAUUUGCGCUUGUGCCAUCUUUAUAUUUCUCUUUCCUGACACUCCUCUGCACCAGCUGAGUCGGGUGGCGUUACACCUCCUAGACUUUUUUUUCUCCCUGCACAACUUGUUGUUAAAAGGUGACCAUGGCAGAGACAUCGGCAGCUCCUGCCAAAGCUAAAAAGGCAGCCAAGCCGAAGAAACCUGCUUCACAUCCCAAGUACUCGGAGAUGAUUGUAGCAGCGAUCGUUCACGACGGGGGCCGGAGUGGAGCGUCCCGUCAGUCCAUUCAGAAGUACGUGAGGAAGAACUACAAGGUGGGCGACAACGUCGACGUGCAGAUCAAACUAUCCCUGAAGAGGAUGGUGGCAAGCGGUGUGCUUCGCCACACCAAAGGCAUCGGUGCGUCCGGAUCAUUCAGGCUGGCCAAACCAGAGGACUCCAAGAAACCAGCAAAGGUGACAGCAGCAGCAGCAGCCAAACCAAAGAAGGCUACGAAGCCCUCCAAAGCCAAGAAGGUGGCUAAGCCUAAGAAGGUGACAAAGACGCCCGAAAAAGCCAAGAAGGUAGCUCAAAAGAAAGUAAAAAAGGUCGCAAAGAAGCCGGUACCAGCAAAAAAAACACCGAAGAAAACAAAGGCAGCCAAGCCAAAGGCAAAGCCAAAGCCAAAACAAGCAAAGGCAGCCAAGCCCAAGGCAAAGCCGACCAAGAAGGCAGCGAAACCAGCAAAAAAGAAGUAAAAGGACAAUAUCAGAAAGUCACUGUAAAUACUUAUGGAAAUGUUUUCGUAUAUGUAUUAUUUUUGUAAGGUCUAAUGCAAACUUGCUGAUUUUACCAAGUUGUUUCUUCAUUGCACUAUUGCCUAUAGAUGCUGUAGAGAUUCUUGUGGGCGUUGUAUUUCGCGUUAAUAAUGCUAUUCAUUUCAUUCUGAUCCUUGGAUACAUGUUGGCUGAAAAGGAGAAAAAAUAUAUACUGUACAACUUCUGAAUAGUAAUUGUUAAUGCACGGGGUCAUACUGAAACUACAAAGUGUGUCCUUGUGGAGCCCGUGGACUGUGGACGUCAGCAAGACUUUCUCAAAGGCUCUGUCAAUCAAGCUCUAUUCUGUAUAUUUUCUCAUGUUCAUACAACUCAUAAUAUGGAGAAAAAACACCAUUGUGUUUGUUCACUUUAAAAGACUGUUUAUACUGAUAUUAAUAAACCAUUGUCUUCUU